AUCUCAAACUAAAGUAAAAUACCAAUCCAAGUUUGUGUGUCUAUAUAUAAAUUUACAACUGACUUGUGAUUCAGUACGAGACAAAGUCGAGUAAAGAAAUUUUCAAUGAUGAGCAUUAUUUUAGUUUUAGCAAUAAUAGCAGCCGCUUCAUCUCUGCCGAUUGAUAUAAUUCAAGAUAAAAAUGAUCAAGAAUAUUUGGUGAUUCCACUCGAAAGACAAAAAAGAGACUUGACAUGGGGUGCAAAUCAAAAUGGUUAUUCGUUAGGACAAAAAGGUACGCUUUGGAGUAACGGUCAUCACCAAGUCGAUGGUGAAUACGGUGCAUCAAAGGCUUGGAAUUCACACGGACUUAAACCUGACUCGUACAGAGGCGAAUUGGAUUACUCCCAUAAACCUUCGGGCUCCACAGCUUUUGUCGCUGCUAAUAGAACUCCAGGUUAUGGCACUGAUGGAGCUGCUGGAUUGAAAUACAGCAUAGCUCAAGGAAAAAAUUAUAAUGUAGAUCUAACAGGUCAAUACACACGGCAUUAUGGAGGACCUGGUGGUACAGGUAAACCCGAAGGGCAAGUGCUUUUGACAGGGGAAUAUAGGUUUCCAUAAUGAUAGAUUCUUAAUUUAAUGUUUUUAUAUGUUUAUUAAAUAAAAAAAAUAAUAUAUAAAAUGUAGUGUUUCAAUCACUUAAGUAUCUAACGGUAAAUAAUGAGAAAAAUCCUGAUUGUCACCUCCAUCCUUGGUAUUUUACAAUUUUUUUCUUGGAGAUUUGAAUUUUACAUUUUAUUUUAUUGAAAUAUAUUCUGUUAAUCAAAA